AGUAAGGUAACGUGUUAAUAUGCAACCGCGAGCGACAUCUAUAUUUUUGAGAGGUAACUAACUGUUGUUGAAAUCUACUUGCGUGAGGAAUAUGACGGCGAAUCCCAUCUACACUGACAGGAUAAUUUUUGUAGUGUUUUGUUUUCUGUCUGUAGGAGCCGCAAGUUCUGAUACCAUAUUCGAACGCAACAACAUAAACGUGACCAUGGUAAAUGAAUUUUCUGGCGAAGAUAUAAGACUUGCAUGCUUUACCGAAGAAAAGUAUAACAGCCGUUCCGGAAAAGUUAUUCCAGACGAAAGAAGAGUUUUGUGGGAAUAUACCAAAAAAAACUCUGAUUCGGGUGAAGAGGGGAGGGCAUUUUUCAUCUCGAGGCAUGUUGAGCUUCCACCUUCAAAAUACACCGAAAAGAAGGAAAUAGAUCACACAUUAUACACAGAAGGCGGAGAAGAUGUUGGCGCAAAAUGUAUAUUUCCAUUCACAGCCUAUAAUAACAAUACUAAAACCAAUACAACACACUAUACUUGUACUGCCUCAGGGAAAAAAGAUGGCCGGUGUUGGUGUGGGACGGUACCGUUCCAUCAUAAACCCAGCACUUGGGGAUUUUGCCCAUGCGCCGCUCCCAUUCCAGGCGUGACGUUAUACGCAGAAUAUGGCACAGAUCCUGGAAUGCCUUGUGUCUUCCCAUUCCAUUAUAAAGAAAAAGUUUACACCGAAUGUACUCGCGAAUUGGAUGAUGAUGAUCGUUGUUGGUGCGCAACUGUUAAAUACAGAGACGAUAAAAAGAACGAUAAGUACGGCUACUGUCCGUGCGCGGGGCCUCCAAAUCAAGGCGAAUGGGGUACUUGGAGCGUUUGGAAGAAAUCUGAGUGUGGAAAAACAACAUACAGAACGCGGGAGUGCGACAAACCACCCGGGAUGACAGCCCAAAUUGGACUUGGUCGUCAUUUAUUUUGUGAUGGUUCGUCUUAUGAAUUCAAACUAUUCACUUGCAAGGAAUACGACGCUGGAAAAGAUGAUUUACACACAGUAUCUUUGCAGAAACGAGCCCAAAGAGCAGGAAGAAAGCGGACAGAUAAUUCAGUUGCUAUCAAAUCAACAGUCGUGUAUGAUUCUGGAUUAUAUUCGUGUAAAGUUACAAGCGAACAUUUGAAUAUAGCGAAAUUUCAAUAUAUAAAUCCUCGUAAAACGAUGGCGAUGUAUUUGGUUAACAUUGUGGACAAAUCUAAAGCUGAAACAAUACUUCUUGGAGAUGCGAACGAAUACCAAACUCCGACAAUGUAUGGUGGAUAUAAAUUGAAAUAUAAAUGGGAAAAUUGGGGACCGUGUAAUCGAUGUGGUUUGUGGGUCGGAGAACAGAGAAAAGGAGGCUUUUGUUACACACGAGACGUGAGAGGAAGUAUAGACCUUCCGUGUGAUUCUCCGUUAUUAGAAGAAAGUCAAAGAGAAGCAACGAAAUCUGCUCCAAAUUAUAUAGCUUAUAGGACAUGCCAUGUCAAUUGCGUCAAGAUUGAGAGGUGGUAUAUGGCUUUACCAAGAAGGAAGCCUCCAGUUUUUCUCACGGCAGCUAGAAGAGUGGUCAAUGUUCACUUUGGAGAUAAUGUACGCUUGGACUGUGAUAUAAAUCGCUCCAAUUUUCCUGCUUGGCAAUACGACCACCCAUCCGGUAAAAUAAGUCAGCUAAUUUACGUACAUGAGAACACUGAAACACGCUAUAUCGAUGCGUUUGGCAGAUUGAUGUUGGUGAAUGCACAGAAAAGUACCGAAGGAUAUUACAGCUGUUUCAUUAAUAGAAAACUACGCCGAAAUUAUAGAAUAUUUGUAAGUGAAAAUGUCAGUGAUAUGGAAGAUGCAGUAUCUAACUCUCCUCCUUAUAUAAGGAUUGGUAUUGUCGUCUUCAUAAUCGUUACAAUAGCUUUGAAAGUUGCAACUACAAGAAUAGAAAAAUAGAGGCCAUUGAUCAGUAACCCUGCAACAAACAUACAGAUCUGAUUCAACAGUUGAGAACAGGGUAUUAUCGAAAUUGUCCUCGGGUUCGCACCGUGCUCUUUUUAUGAUUUUUCCUGCGCAGAUGAUUCAAUGACCCUAUUAUUAAUUCGUAUUUGUUUUAAUAAAAUAUUGAUGAAAAAUAUUUACUGUAUGAAUUGUAUUGUUUAUGCAAAAUGCGGUUUAUGAAUAAAAGAGAAA